AUGGCAGCCAACGCUCCCCCCUCCGCCGAGGCUUUGCUCAGCGGUGCCGCCGCUCACCCCCCCAAGACCGCGGAAGAAAUCGCCAACCAAUAUGACCUCCUCCCCAAGUUGAUCCCCUACCUCGACCGCCAUCUGGUUUUCCCCCUGCUCGAAUUCAGCUCCGGCCAGGAUGACGACAAGGAGGUCGUCCGGGCGAAAUAUGAACUGCUCAAGCACACCAACAUGACCGACUACGUGGCCAACCUCUGGUCCGAAAUCAACAACUCCGACACGAUCCCCGACGAGUUUGUGAAGAAGAGGGAGGAGGUUCUCGCCAAGCUGCAACACUUCCAGGAGGAAAGCGCCAAGAUCACCGACCUGCUGCAGGACGAGAGCGUCGUCGGCAACCUGCGCAGCGACAAGGUUGCCAACUUGAAGUUCCUCGAGGAACAGCACGGGGUCACGACCGAGAUGGUCAACAGCCUGUACGACUACGGCCGGUUCCAGUACAGCUGCGGUAGCUACGGCAAUGCGGCCGAGCUGCUCUACCAGUUCCGAGUUCUGUCCACCGACAACGACAAGGUUGCGUCCGCCACAUGGGGUAAGCUGGCCUCGGAGAUCCUGACCACCAGCUGGGACGGUGCCAUGGAGGAGGUCCAGAAGGUCAAGGACUCCAUUGAGACCCGUCUAUUCAACAACCCCCUGGGUCAGCUGCAGAACCGCUCCUGGCUCAUCCACUGGUCUCUCUUCCCCUACUUCAACCACGAUCCCGCCCGCGAUGUCCUGACCGACCUCUUCUUCUCCCCCGCCUACAUCAACACCAUCCAGACCAGCUGCCCGUGGAUCCUGCGAUACCUCGCCGCCGGCGUCAUCACCAACCGGACCCGCGUACACAAGAACAGCAGCAUGUACCAGAAGCAGCUGAAGGAUCUGAUCCGCGUUGUCCGCCAGGAGGGCUACGAAUACACCGACCCCAUCACCGACUUCGUCAAGGCGCUGUAUGUCGACUUCGAUUUCGAGGAGGCCCAGAAGAAGCUGGGUGAGGCCGAGGAUGUGCUGCGCAGCGAUUUCUUCCUGGUUUCCGCCGCCGAUGCCUUCGUCGAGGCUGCCCGCCACCUGAUCUCCGAGAGCUACUGCAAGAUCCACCAACGGAUUGACAUCAAGGACCUGUCGACCCGGCUGGGCCUGAACCAGGAUGAGGGCGAGAAGUGGAUCGUCAACCUGAUCCGCGACACCCGAGUGGAUGCGAAGAUCGACUACAAGGAGGGCACGGUGAUCAUGAACCACCCGCCUCAGUCGGUGUACCAGCAGGUCAUUGAGAAGACGAAGGGUGCCUUCUUCCGGACGCAAGUUCUCAGUGCCGCCGUUGCCAAAUAA